AGAGAAUGAAGCAGAAGCUGAAAAGAGACACCCCUUCCUCCCCUGCAUCUUCUCCCCUCCUGUCGCUCCCUGUUCUAUGAGCAACUCGAUCGCUACCCCAGAAUUAAGCUGCCUCUAACUUGGAUGUGGAGAGCAAGAAAGCGGCCCACUCGAAGUCGUCAUGGCAACAACCAAUGAACGUGUUCCUCACGGCGGGCAGGCCACCCUGUAUGGAGGAGCUGCAUCACGAGGCUCAGCUUAAUCUCCAGAGUUUGCUGCAAGAAGAAUAUGAGGAGCAGUACUCAGAAGUCAGAAUUACUGGACAGACAUUCCGCUAUUCUGCUCACCAGCAACCAGACACGCCUCCUGAGCCCACGCCCACCCCAAAGCCUCAGUCAGCCAAGCGCCUCGAAUUUGUAUUUAUGCCAACAACGCGACGGGUGAAUGAAAGUGAGACCACCACGCAGGGUGUGCGGCCCCCCGAGUCCUCUCUGAGCCUGCCUAGCACGCCAGACAAGCAGAUUGCCUGGGGAAGACCCUUCCCCGUACCCAUCCUGGAGGAGAAGAGGUGGCAUCAGUCCUGCUCCACCCAAGCCAACAUCGUGCCCAUCAACGUCUCUGGACAGCAGUUUGAUAAACAUGCCAGUUCGCGCUACUCCCUGUUUAACACAGAGACAGCCAUGAACCCCAAGUCCACCUUGAGACGGAGACGGACCAUUAUCGGAUUUCCUAGCCUUUCCCUGCGAGACCAAGGUCAUAGCAACGGCCCUGCGUCCCAUCAUCCACACUCCCCCAUCGUGGACUCGGCCUCGUGUAACUGGGCUCCGGAGGUGGGGAACGGAAGAAACUCAUGCGGUCAGACUUGUCCCCCCAGGUCUCUCCCUCCAGCACUGAGGAAGACGCUCAGUGACCUCGGGGAUAGCAUCCAGACCUGCUGCGGCCCCACCUCCCCCAGCAUGGAGAGCAUGUUCUACAAUGUGCCGGCUUCCUGCAAUGGACCCAAGGACUCGACGUUCUCCCCAUCUUGGCAGGGCAGUUCCUUUGAUCACACGGCCCCUUCCAGCCCUGGCCGGAGCGUUCUUGUCAGCGGAGAGGCCCGGCGCUCCUCAUCGGGUGACCCUCGACUGUCUCUGACUGCCAACGUGCUCCCUCCUGCCGACUGCGACGGGCCGGGUUCCUUUUUCGACGCUCAGGAUGACCGGGCGAGGAGCGGAGUGUCGGCCCAUUGCCCGACAUCCCCCCUGGCAAGAGGCCAUGGGCCCGAAGACCCCAAACCUGGCCCGCCACCUGGAAGCGGCUCGGGAGCACUGGAUUCAUUGAGGCCGGAGCUGGAGCCGAGCGCCUGUCGAUUCCGGGAGCGGUCGCUCUCGGUGCCGACGGACUCGGGGUCCGCGUGCUCGGGGGACGCGGGUGGCGGAGAGGACCGGGGGGCCAGCGAGAGCUCAGCCCCGAGCUACCCCGGGGCCGGUUCUGACGGCAGCGCCAGCACCGACAACGUCUCUGCCCUGGGCCCCGAGCAGGAGGCCCAGCUCAGGCGGAGGAGGGCCAAGAGCAUCUCUUUCAAGAAGGCCAAAAAGAAGCCCUCGCCGCCGACGCGUAGCGUCUCCCUGGUGAAAGACGAGCCAGCCCUGUCCAAAGACCAGAGGCCCCGGAGCCUUUGCAUCCCCCUAGACCACCACCACCAAGGGCAUCACUUCCUCCCCUCAGAUGCCCAGGGCCACACCCCUGCGGCCCUCCCGCCUCGGGACUCUGAGGGCUUCCACUUCUCUCCCCACUGGUACCUCUCGGACUGGAAGGCCGCUGAUCCCUACCGGUCCCUGUCGAAUUCCAGCACGGCUACGGGGACCACAGUUUUGGAGCGCGUGCCAGCCCGGGGGAGCUCCGAAUCCCUCACCUCCCCUUCCACGUCCCGUGCCACCACUCCCUCCCAGCUGUCUGCCGAGGCGGAGGCCCGGGGGCUCUCUUCCCCGGGGAGGCCGACAGGUCUGAUGUCGCCGUCCAGUGGCUACUCCAGCCAGUCGGAGACGCCGACUCCCACCGUGCCCACGUCCUUGAUCCUGGGCCACCUGUCCCACCCGGGUGGCGGCGGAGGGGCCCGCACGCGGCCAAAGAUCCCGGAGAGGAAAUCGUCCCUGCCCCCGACGUCCCCAAUGGAGCGCAGUCCCAAGUUGCUGCUGACCUUUGACCUUCCACCGGUCUCCCCAGCCUACCCAGACCCGUCGGGAGUGAAGGUCACCUUCCGGGGCAAGACCAGGGUGAGCCGGCACCACUCAGACUCGACCUUCGGGGCCAAGCUGGCCCAGAAGGCCGGCCCCAACCAGCCCAUCAUGCCCGUGGUCACUCAGUCUGACCUGCGCUCGGUCCGCCUGCGCUCCUUCAGCAAGGCCGAGCCCGAAGACAACGCGGCCAGCCCGGACCCGUCCGAGGAGCCCGCGGUGGAAGCCUUCGCCCUCCCUGAGAAGAAGGUGAAGCCUCCCGUGGCGGAGAAGCCUCCGGUGGCCAAGAGGCCCCCCAGCCUGGCUCAAAAGCCCCCUCCCGUCCCCGAGGAGUCACCGUGGGCCUCGCCUACCUCCCCGUGGGCCCCCAGCCAGCUCGCCGGGCAGGAGAGGCCUUCCCCUCAGGACAUCUACACGGUCGUGCGGAAGCCAAAGUCCCCCUUGUCCCCAGAUGCCAAGAGCCCGGCGGAGUCGCCUUCGCCCUCGUCGGCCACCCUGUCCCCUCCCUCCGGCUCUCCCGGCAUGUUCUUUCCAGGGCCUGGAGGGCGGGAAGAGGAGCCAGGCCCCAAGGGAAGGCCCCUGCCUGACAGGAUCAACCUCCAGAGCGUGGGAGAGGCCGAGAAGAAGAGGAGUAAGAUCCCCCCGCCGGUCCCCAAGAAGCCCAGCGUCCUUUACCUGCCAGCCGCCCCUUCUCCCUCCUGGCCUGGGGCGGCGGACCCACGGCUGACGCUUAGCCCUAUCAUCACCCUGAACCAGGAUGCCAGCCCCUCUCCCGUCAGUGACGAUAUCCCUUCACCCGGUGGUAAGGGGGAGAGUUCAGUCCCACGGGAUGACAGUGGAGAAGGACCCAGCCUACCAGGAGCUUCCUCGGAGCUAACUGCUGAGGAGAAAACUUUUGCCAGCGACAAAACAGCUGAAUCUAUAGCUGAAUAUGAUGAUGAAGUAUUUGUGACGUCCCGCACAACGGAGGACUUAUUUACGGUUAUUCACAGGUCCAAAAGGAAGUUGCUUGGGUGGAAGGAGCCCGGCGAUGCUUUUGGCAGCGGCAGACAGAGCUCCCCUUCCCCCGUGAAGACCACCGCCGGCUCCCCGACCAGCGAGGCCCCCACUGCCUUGGGGUCCGGCUGCGGUGGUCCCACCAAACCGUCCAGCAGGAACGAAGACUUCAAGGCCCUCCUGCAAAAGAAAGGGAGCAAGCCGAGCCUGGGGUCCCGCCCUUCUGCCGCGGAACUGCUCAAGACCACCAACCCGCUGGCCCGGAGAGUUAUAACCGAGUUUGCCGUGGAUCUGGACGGUACGGAUCCUCCCAAGAGCCAGCCCUGAUGGUGCGGAAUUCGGCUGCUUGGGAAGAAGGGCUUCAGGAAGGAUCGGCAGAAAGAACGAAAUGGCAAUGACCGCGGCGGGAUGGGGAUCGCUUCCGGGCCUGGUGGGAUGGGGUCACCUCGUCCGGAGCUGAGGCGGACGGAAGGUCCCAUCUGCUUCAGGCAUGCGGCAGCUUCAUUUGCCCACCUCUCUCGGUUAACUGCCGAGAAUCCUCCUCUGGUUUUGAUUUUGUCACUGACAGAGCGCACUGAACCGAAGUCCCCUAAACCGAGUGGCCACUUUGGAGGUCGGCGGCCUAGACCUCGUUUCCAGUGGGGCCAGUUCUG